UCCCCCUGUACCAGCACGGUGAUUGCAGUGAGCCUCCCAUGUUUUAUUUUCUGUUUAAUUAUCGUCGUCAAGAGUGUUGUGAUAAGUAGGUAUUGCUUAUGAAUAACUCAUCCGCUGCAAGGCGCUGAAGAACAAACUGUUUGUUAUGUUUGCGCUAACAGGUUUGCGUUAACCGGUAGAGAAAGCUAACUGCUAAAGCUAGCAUAGCUAUCUUGCUAGUUCGCCGGUACAGGCGGUCCUCUUUGUCUGACAGGGGAAGGCGUGCUCUUUUGUUAAGCUUUCCCUUUGUCCCUUCGGGAAAGAGGAACUGUUGGGUUGGGAUUUCACAAUUAUCCACAGUUCUGAAAGUAUUUAGAAAAUGCAGAUCGCCAAAAAAUACUUUUCAGAAAGCCUGAUUCAGUUAACCAUCUUGCUCAGUUUGAUUGGAGUUCGUGUGGAUAUCGACAGCUACUUGAGCGGCUAUUAUACGCCUUUGACAGAGAUUAACUUGGGUCCUAGCUCAGCCUACAUCCAGACACCGUUUCAUAUUUUGAGAGACACUUUUGAUGGAUAUGGUGUACACCCAAAAUGUCCCGAGUUGGACUAUUUUUUUGCAAGUCGUCGGCUGCUGGACGAGGUGAGGACCCUCGGUUCCCCGCGGUUCCACACGCAGUUGAACGCAUGGCUGGUGCACGAAGUGCCUGCAACUGACAAGGCUGACUGUGGGCCUUCAACCAGUAACAACACCGAAUCUAGCUCAGGGCUAGAAAGUCCUGGCGAAGAAUCCAGGGAUGUCAGUGAACACCUGCCAGUCAGUGGCCCAGCAGUGUACCAGACAAACAUUGAACUCGGACAAGGGCCUUGUGGCGCUGGAGCCUGCGGGUUUCUUAAAGAGGAGGAAGAUGUUAAAGUUAAAGAAGAGGAGGAACCUGCUCCAGUCUCUCAGCUGGCUCACAGUUCCACACUGGAACAAGAGAGCCUGCUGGAAGGCAUCACUGCACUGUCCAGUCCAACACGCCAUCCCUCUGCUACUCUUGAUAUUGACCAGCAGUGGAACAAUUUACUUUCUGUUGCAGACCUUGAUGACUUGGACCCCCUUGUGACUGAGCGUCUGUCAGAUCUCGACACUGACAUCACCAGCGCCAUCAGCCGGAAUGUCAGUCUGCAUGAUGCUAUGCUAACCAGUCCUGGAGUGUUUGGGUUGGCAUCUGAUAGAACUGAGCCCAGGACCACGACCCAACAACAAAGGGCUCUCUUUCGAAUGGAAUCCAUAGGCUCUUUAAACUCAGAUGCUUCACCUGGGAUGGCUCUAGGUCUUGCUGCACUCCCCUUUGCCUCAGUAUGUAACAUAACAGGAAAUGUGUCAUCAAAUAGUGCACUGGGUGGCUGCCUAGAUGAGGCAGUGUUUGACCAGAUCAAUCAGCUUGGUUUGGAAGGUCUGGACUCAAUUGACAGCAGCCUGAUGGACUGUUUGGACAGCAUAGACCCACGGGUCCUUGAGGACUUGGAGUCAGACUCUGGUCUCUCUUUGGAGAGCAGCUCUGGAGGUCCAGUCUCUCCAGGCUCAUCUGAGAUGUCAUCCUCAUCCAGUUCAUACUGCGAGGAUGAGUGUGGAGCUACAGGCUACAGCAGUGAGGCAGACUCAAUCCCCUCUAAAGGCAUUGUUGACUACACCACAGCAUGGCCACCUGUUGAGAGUGUGUGGCAUGAUCACAGCUACUCAUCUGCCAAUUUCUUUAACCAGCCGUCAGUAACGCUGCCUCGCAAAAACAUCAAGGAGGAGCCUCUCAGCGAUGAUGAUGGAUUCCGGCUGGAAGAAGGGGAGCUGAGUCGUGAUGAGCUGCGCGCCCGUGCUAUGUGCCUGCCAUUCUCUGUUCUGCAGAUAGUUAACAUGCCUGUUGAAGAGUUCCUGGAAGUUCUUGAUGGUCAUGGCUUUUCCCCUGAACAGGUGACCCUCCUGAGGGACAUCCGCAGGCGUGGUAAGAAUAAGCUGGCAGCCCAAAACUGCCGCAAGCGCAAAUUAGAUGCCAUCACUGGGCUCCAGGAGGAGGUGGAAAGGUUGCAAGUUCAGAGAGACAAACUGCUGAGGGAGAAGCACCUUACAGCAAAAACAAUGGGUGCUGUGGGCCAUCAGAUAAGGCAGCUGACCAGAGACAUCCUGUCCCGGCUGAGGGAUGAAUCAGGAACACCCCUGAACCCAGACAGAUUCACCCUGCAGUGCGGGGCUAACGGUAGGGUUGUAGUUCAGCCUGUAAGACGACCUGCUGUCUCCACAUCUGGCAACAAAACAGACAAGAGAAAGAAGGAAAAAAAGCAAUAAUGCAGCAUUUCCUGCUGAGACUUGAUCUUUUUGGUUUUGGGAUAUUGCGGAACCUAAUUGCCUGACUCUGGUUUUAGGGACUCCUGUUUUGCUAAAGUGUGUGUUGAUUCACCACUGUUGAGAACCUAAAUGCAAAAAGAAAAGACACUCAAAAAA